AAUCACUUGAUUAACCAUAGUUAGAAAAAAAAACCCUGAAUCUAUUCCAUUUCUCUUUCUUCUGUUACAUGUUACAUGUGUCUCCUGUUCUGUAUGCUUUCCUCUGCAACUUCUUCGCCGCCUUCCAUAUCCCUUCCCAUUCUGAAAUUUUGAGGUUUCUCUUUGUUCGAGCCGUGACUCGGUCUCUGAAGACUCAUGUUAACUACCAAGUGCAGUGGGGCUAGCGGCAGGUUUCCGUGUUUGGGCUGUCAAAGGUGGUUCGCACUUCGCAGUUAACAUUGUAUUUUUGUCGGAUGCAACGACAAUAGUAGUGGUUGAGUUUUAUUUUCUUUUGUUAUGAGAGUGUUUCUUUACAUUGAUUCAUCAUGCCUCUGCAUGAGUUAUACCGUGUGGCUAAAGGGAAGCUUGAUCCUAUAGAGAUGAACAACAACACAUGUGCAGUUGAUCAAUCUUCUGUACCCAAUAAUGAUUUGCUUGAGUUGGUUUGGGAAAAGGGCCAGAUUUCAGUGCAGGGUCAGUUCAGUAGAGCUAGAGUGAGCCCAAAUUGUAAAACUUUGCCAUCUCACUGCUUACCAUCUCACACUCCAAUAGGAUAUGCUAAUAAUGCUAUUUCUACCAAUACAAGGAUGGGGAAGUGUGGGAAUUUAGGUGCUGAAUUGAAUGAAAUUAGAAGGCUUGUCCCUUCAGGUGAAGUGGAUUUGAGUGAAGAAGAGGAAGACAUGGUGAUGCCUUGGUUCAAUUAUGGAAUGGAAGACUCUUUGCAACACGGAUAUAGUACUGAUUUUUUCCAUGAACCAUCAUCAUAUGGGGUCACCAUGAAUGAGCUUUCAGCAUCAAAUAAUUUUUCUUUGCUAGAUAGAAGAAAUAAUUGUACUAAGAUAUUUAGGGACACUCAUAAACACUCUUCAUAUGCACCUGUUAGAUCCAGCGUAGCAGAUAUAGCUGAAAACAAUGCAAAUAAUGUUCCAUCUGGCUCAAGUGGUUUUUCUAGCUUAAAGAUGGAGAGGCAAGGUCCAGUUAUGUGUAGCAGUAGUUCCACCAUGAUGAAUUUUUCCCAUUUUGCAAAACCUGCUGCUAUUGUCAAAGCUAACAUUGAGAACAUUGGCUUGGCAUCAAGAUCAGGAAAUGAGGGAAUACAGAUAAAAAGUGCUGCUGCAACUGUGACCAAUCCUGCUGAAUCAACAAAAGUUGAAUUAAGUGGAGAGUGUCCAAAGAAACCAGCCACACACAAUCAAGAUCAAGAUGUCACUGUUUCUACAAAGUGUGACCCUUCUUGCAAAGAUGUUUCCAAGGUUGAUCAAAAUCAAACUUCAAAUCUAGUUGUUGGGGAAAGUGUGAAUAAAGGACACGAAGCUGUUGAAAAAGGAGUGGAGCUAGCUGUGGUCUCUUCCUCUGUUUGCUCUGGCAAUGGUCCAGAGAGGGGUUCGGAGGAUCCAAAUCAAAAUUUGAAGCGAAAAAGUAAAGACACUGAGGACUUUGAGAGCCAAAGUGAAGAUGUUGAGGAAGAAUCAGUUGGUGUCAACAAGGAAGUUCCUGCACGACGAAAUGGAGCCAAGAAAAGCCGUUCAGCCGAAGUGCAUAAUCUAUCUGAAAGGAGACGAAGAGACAGGAUCAAUGAGAAGAUGCGUGCGUUACAGGAACUUAUACCAAAUUGCAAUAAGGCGGAUAAAGCUUCAAUGUUGGAUGAGGCGAUAGAGUAUCUCAAAACACUUCAACUCCAACUUCAAAUUAUGUCAAUGGGAACUAGUUUAUGUAUGCCUGCAAUGAUGUUACAUCCGGGAAUGCAACACAUGCAUGCACCACAUAUGGGUCCUUUUUCACCUAUAGGUGUUGGCAUGCAAAUGAGGUUAGGAGUGGGUUGUGGAAUGGGCAUGCCUGAUGCUAAUGAUAUUGAGUCCUCUAGAUUUAUUCAAGUGCCCCAAAUGCAAGGAACUCAUCAUCCUAGUCAGGGUCACCCCAUUCCAAUGCCACAUGCUCCCAUCUUUUCUUUCCCAGGAGAACCUUUUAUCAACCCAUCAACUUUAGGACUUGUGGAAACUGUGGAUAAGGCUUCUUCAGCCUUUGGCUUAAUUAAGGAUCAGAUUCCACAACUUGCACAGAACACCAACAACGGUUGUAAUUCAACAAAUCAGAUGUCAACAGUACAGUGUGAAGCAACCAUUGGUGGAUUUGAACACUCAAUUUUGGUACUUAAUAGUGGUCAUGCAACUUCGGUAAAUGACAGAGGAGCUAUUAAUCCCAGUACAGAAGAUAACCCUUAUCAUUGAUAAAUCUAGCAAGUAUUACUAGAUGCUCGUGAUAAAUAUACGUGUUUAUUUUGACGUUUUACUUAUUAUUAAAAAAGGAGUGUUAUAUUUGAACAACUUAAUCAUUCAGCUGUACUUGUAGGUUACUUAUGAUUAAUGCAUUGACUAUGGCUAAUAAAUUUUUAUCUCUUGCUUCUCA